AUGUCAGGAAUCUCAAUGGGUGAGCGAUGUCGCACCUCGUCCACGCCUGUAGACAAUGGGACAGUGGCUGCAUACUCCUUUGAAAAAAUCAAGUCUUUGGGUUGCGGAACUUUUGGCAGGGUGCACCUAGUGCGCCAAGUGGGGGGUUCUGACGCUGGCAAACUGUUCGCCCAGAAGGAAACGGACAAGAUUGCCUUGGUCGCGAACGCUCUUGCAAGGGAGACCAUCAUGAAAGAGAGAUUAGCUCUCGAGCGAGUGCGUGGUCUCCCUUUCAUAUCAACGCUUCACUACGCGUUCGAGACCGAAUCGGCGCUCAAUCUGGUGCUGGAAUAUGCCAGCGGGGGGGACUUCUACAGCAUUUGGAUGGAUUACGAGUCCCUUCCAGAACCCCGAGUUCAGUUCUAUAUGGCUGAACUAGUCUUGGCCCUGGAGCAGCUCCACACAAGAGAUGUGAUUCACGGCGACAUCAAACUGGAGAACCUCCUAAUGGACUCGGCUGGUCACAUUUUGCUGACCGAUUUUGGAUACAGCAAAAUAGUUUUAAAAGAUCAGCCGAUGAAGUUAGGAGGAACAUGCGAGUAUAUGGCUCCAGAAGUCGUGAAAAAUACUCCCGGCCAAGGCUUUGCCAGCGACUGGUGGUCUGUGGGUGUCGUCGCCUACGAGCUACUCGUGGGGACUUCACCCUUCCGUCCAGAAGACGGGAGUGAUCGAUGCCCACAAAAAAUAUAUAAAAACAUUGUAACCAAGGAGCCGGACUUCCCAUGGACGUUGUCUGCCAGGGCCAAGGCCUUCAUCAAGGCCCUGCUUGUGAAGGAUCCAGGCAUGCGACUGGGGGCCCGGGGCACCGACGACAUCAAAGCGCAUCCCUUCUUUGAGGGCGUGGUGUGGGACCACGUGAUGCGCAAGGCGUGCCUCGUUCCCAUCGUGCCUACGAUCCGUCACGAGCUCGACGUCAGCAACUUUGAUGAGGAGGUGACCAGCAUGGCGGUGACAGAACCCCUGCUGGUCCAGUCAGGCUGGAAAGGAAUCCGAAUGUUCCCGCGCUACACCUACCCGUCGGCGACAGUGACGACACCGGAGCCGACCUCACCCUCGCGGCCAGCCGAAAUGAUACGUCACAUGACGUCAAGCACCAAACGUGCUCUGGCGGCGCGAGUGGUUGAGAGGGCCAAGCGGCUUAAACUCAAUGCAAUCCGCUAUCCUUGCAGCAGCGUCACAGAACGCGUCAUCUCGUCUCCGGUUCAUGAUGACGUCGUCGUCAUGGAAAAUGUCGUCGACGUCACCGCCCCUCUGGAGACGAGGUUUUCUCCUCUCGGCGAGAAGGAAGUGAUAGACGCUGUUCUUGUGGAAGGCGCUUGGGUUUGAGCCAGUUAGGUCGUGGUCAGCAGACACCCGGGCGAGCGGAGAGCUGGCCGUGGAGGUAAACACCUGGGAGCUAGCUACCCCCCACUUCCGGCAGCUGCACUGCAAGCGUCUACACCAGGAUCACAUGUACCAUGGAGAGUGAUCGACACCUGGGUAAAAGGAGUGGCAGAUGAAUGCGAAUGGACUGGCUGUUCAUGUUCAGGACUUGCUCACAGUCGUUCAAGACAGCCCUGAGUGGCCGUCCUUUUCAGUUGCUACAUCACACCAUUAUCAGCUUAAUUGCCAUCACUGGUGUACCACCAUAACUGGUGGUCAGCCGCUAUAUCUAACCAUCACUGGUGUACCACCGUAACUGCCGUCAAGUCAAGGAAUGGAGGAUAAAAGAACUGACAGAUUUUACAUCUUAUAUGUUUUGAUUUGAAAUCACUGGUUUUCUGGUUGCCUCUGUUAAGCCAAGAGGACGCUAUAGUUUUAAAAAAGUCUGUGAUAAGUGUUUUUCCAUGGUGAUGUGGAAUUACACAAUAUUAGUCUAUAUUAUGCUACUGUUGACUUCAUUCAAUUCACAAGUCCUGGUCAUAAGAACAUGGACCUCUUACUGAAACUUUAAGAUUAAACAUUCACAAUAUCACUUUAUAUCUGUGUAUUAUCAAAAAGCUACAAGUCUUUCAGAAUAGAGAACUACUACCUUGAUAUUGUAAUUUGCAUCAGUUAUACAUGUGUAAAUAACUGUGAAUGGUUAACAUCAACAGGUAUCAAAUGUCAACAAGCGCAUGGUCUGAUAUUUUUCUGUAUAGAACCUAUUUAUUUUAACACACCUUUGUAAAUAUACUGCUUUUGAUUAAUGUAUAUUGUGUUGGUGCAG